AUGAAGCUCUCCAUGGGCAUCAUUUUCUGCUUCCUGAUCCUGGGUGUCAGCAGCCAGAGAUGGGGAACAUUCCUCAAGGAAGCUGGGACUAAAGACAUACGGAGGGCCUACUCUGACAUGAGAGAAGCCAACUACAAAGAUUCAGAGAAAUACUUCCACACAGGGAACUAUGAUGCUGCCCAAAGGGGACCAGGGAGCACCUGGGCUGCUAAAGUGAUCAGCGAUGCCAGAGAGAAUGCUCAGAGAGUCACAGACUUGUUUAAGUGUGGAGACAGUGGCUACGGGUGGGAGGACUCGAGGGCAGACCAGUUUGCCAAUGAACGGGGCCGGAGCGGCGAAGACCCCAAUCACUGCAGAGCUGCUGGCCGGCCUCUGGCCAGCACCAAGCUGUACUGGGCUGCCUCUCUGUGCGGGAGACGGGCUGUGAGCCCCAGGGGAGCAGGGACGGUGCAGAGCUAA